AUGACAAUGUCCCGAGAAAAACCCAAUUUCAAAGCAAGCAAGUUGUUGCUUCUUGUUCAUCUUCUAGCCCUUUUGGUCAUAGCUCAUGGGAGAUUGCCGCCAGAGGUUUCAAAUGACCUAAAUGCCCCUGCAUUCUACAUCUUGGGAGAUUCCUCUGUUGAUUGUGGAGACAACACACUGUUUUACCCUCUCAUUCACAGCUAUCUGUCCUUGUAUUCAUGCAACGGUUCUGAUUCCACUCUGAUUCCCCAUCUUCUUGCUGAGAAGAUGGGCAUGCCAAAUAUCCUACCUUUCUACAGUCAAAAUGGAUCCAUUGAUGGAAUACUAAAAGGCCUCAACUUUGGUUCAACACAAGCAACAAUCAUGAACCCGAGCAGCCAGAGCUACCAGUCUGUAAACCAGCAACUACGCCAAGUUUUCGACUCAAUGCAGCUCUUACAACUGCAGUUGAGCCAGGAAACAGCUCUCCAUUUCAUCCGAUCUUCCAUCUUCUACCUCUCCUUUGGCAAAGACGACUACAUCGACAUCUACCUGCGCAAUGCAUCCGGCGCUGCAAAACCCAACUACAGUGACCAAGAAUUCUCCCACGUUUUAGCAAAUCAGAUGAUACAUGUUAUAAGGAACCUCUAUGACAUGAAUGUGAGGAAGAUGAUCUGCAUGGGGAUAUUGCCUCUGGGAUGCACACCUCGUAUGUUGCUGGACCGGUACAAUUCGAAUUCCAAAGCCGGUGAGGAAAGUGAGGAAGAUGAUGAUGGAAGGGGUUGUGUGGAGGAGAUCAAUGCGCAGGUUUCGGAGUACAACAAAAUGCUGCACGAGCAGAUUGCUAUGCUCCGCGCAGAGCUUCCGGAUGCCCAGAUUGUGUUCUGUGAUGUGUACCAAGGAAUUAGAAAGAUCAUAAAAAACCCAGAACACUACGGAUUUGAGGAUGUAAAGAGUGCCUGCUGUGGGUUGGGAAUGUAUGGGGCAGCAAUUGGAUGCCUUUCAAAAGAUACGGCAUGCAAACAAGACACAAGCCAUGUGUGGUGGGAUUUGUACAACCCAACAAAGGCAGUCAACUCCUUGCUAGCUGACUCUGCCUGGUCCGGCUCUCCCCUUUCUCGCAUUUGCCGCCCUACCACCAUCCAGGAAUUGCUUUCCACUGCUUCACCCUCACAUCCAAUUCCCACCUGA